AUGGUAGUUACAUUACAAUUUCAUAUUAUAUCAAAGAUUGCAUCAUUGUUGGAUGAUAGACUUGAUCGAAUGAGUUUGGUACUGUCAUCAAACUAUUUGUUUCAAAGACGUCAUUUACUUCUAAUGGAUGGUGAUCUCUUGGUCACUGAAGUACUAGAGCUCCUUUACACACAAGUACCAAGCUCAACAAUGACAACGACAUUGUUCGAUAUCCCAUCAAAUACAAAGAGGUUGACUUUUGGUGAUCGUUUCUCUCUACGUUUGGAGUUGAUUAGCAUUCCCAACUCAGUCACUGAACUUAUUCUUGGCGGUAAUUUCAAUCAACCUUUGAAUGAACAUUCAAUACCUUCAUCAAUAAGAACACUUGAAUUUGGAUAUCAAUUUAAUCAACCUUUAAUUAUUGGAUCUUUGCCACCAUCCAUUACAUCAUUGAAAUUUGGUAGUCAAUUCAAUCAAUCAUUGAGACCUGGUACUAUCCCCGACUCUGUGAUCAAUCUUACUUUUGGUAGCAAAUUCAAACAACCGUUGAGACCGGGUACUAUCCCCGACUCUGUGAUCAUUCUUAAAAUUGGCGAGUUGUACUCAUAUGAUUUCAAGCAACCUUUGGUUCGUGGAUCAAUUCCAUCAUCGGUGACAACAUUGGACAUUGGUUCUAGAAGCACCAAUUCAAUUCUAGAAGGCUCCAUACCUCCAUCUGUCCGUACUUUAAACAUUGUUGCUGAUAAAUUUAUCAGUGCGCUCAACCAAGGAUUCAUCCCAUUAUCAUUGACAUGCCUUUCACUUUAUUAUUACGACAAUGACCUUAUCGACAUGUCAUCACUGACCUGUCUAAGAAGCCUUAAACUGCGGGAGGGAGAAAUCUCCGACGACACUAUAUCCAAACUUCCACAUUCAAUUACCAAGUUGUCGAUUCAAAACUUCAAACCAGUGGCACCAGGUAUCUGGCCGCCAAACCUCCAUACAUUGAAAUGUUCCAUCAAUGAUUCUUCGGGUCUGGUCAACCUACCUCCAUCAGUGACAACACUUCAUCUUGACGUCAGGGAUCUAGAGAUUGGUUCAAUUCCCAGUUCUGUCCGCAAUCUACACCUCAGUCCAUAUUUCAAUCAAUCAUUAGAGCAUGGAAUGAUCCCAUCAUCCGUUAUAUCGUUGGAUCUUGGUGAUGAAUUCAGAUAUGAAAUUCCAAAGGAUGUUUUAUCUCCAUCGGUGACCCAACUCAACUUGCACAGCGCCGCCCAGUUUGAAGACAUACAAUCCCUCACCAAUCUAAAGUCAAUCACACUCAACAUACCAGGAGACUACACAGACUACAAUAACCAAAAUGUCUAUUCAUCAGUGCCAACAAACGUUAUCAAGAAUAGCACCAAUGAAUAUGGAGAUAUUCAUCUGUCUGUUAGGGCAAUCGAUACCGAUACAUUCCUUGCGUAUGAUCACCGUUCAUGCACAUAUUCCUUUGGGCAAUACAACAGUUGUCAUAGAAGGAGUAGUCUUCUUUCAUAUCCAGACAUGUCCAUUCCAUUUCGAUAUUUAUCCAUGCAUCAACGACAGAUGUACAACAACUCAAACAAGAUCAUUCAUUAUUAUCAUGAUUUCCAA